UUAAGGUUAGCUGAUUUAUGGUUUGCGUUGGUCAGAGUUAAAGUCGGUGAAAUAACUGUUGAUUACUAUACUAAACAUGCAAAUGAAAAUAUUGGAUGGAUGAAUACAGUUGCAGAUGUCAUACCGGAAUUAUAUAAGAGUGGUGAAAAGAAGGAGGAUGAAAAGGAUGAUAAAAUUGGAUUAAUGAAUAGAGUUCAAUUGGAUUUAUUCUCUUUUGAAUUUCUUGAAAUUUCACCUGCAUUAGAUGGUUUAUUAAAGGUUUUUAUACCUAUAACGCAGUUGAUUCCACAAAAUUCUGAAUUGGAUUUACAAGAGAUCGAUAUUGAUUCUGAUAAAAUUAAUGAUCUUCGAAUGGUACCCUUACCAAAUUUUACAACAGCAAACAAAAGAAUUCUGUUAGAUGUAAACGAAGAUAUUAGUCUUAAUAUUUUAUGUGAAAACCCAUCAAUUGGUGCCGUCAUGAAUUGGAUGUGGCAUUCUUCUAAAUCCUAUUGGCAUAGAACCCUACAAUC